CCAUUCAGAUUUUGAAACACAGCCCAUUUAUGUCUUUCGAUGUAGCAAACGUGUUCUUGCCUCGUUGUUUCACACUCUGAAAAGUGCUGCUUUGUUAUCGUUUUUAGUUUUAAACUCAAUAGUAUUGGUGUAAUCAUCUAUAUUAAUAUUUUACGCCGUUCUUUGUUUCUCUGCCGGAAUCUGAAAGACAGUUGUGGGAAGACCAACAUGUCGGGCAAGAGUUUUCGCGUUAGCGACGGAGACUGGAUUUGUCCUGAUAAAAAGUGUGGAAAUGUCAACUUUGCAAGAAGAACGAGUUGCAAUCGAUGUGGAAGGGAGAAGACGACAGAAGCAAAGAUGAUGAAAGCAGGGGGAACAGAGAUAGGAAAGACCCUGGCAGAGAAGAGCAGAGGUCUCUUCAGUGCAAAUGAUUGGCAGUGCAAAACUUGUGGAAAUGUUAACUGGGCCAGAAGAUCAGAGUGCAACAUGUGUAACACUCCUAAAUAUGCCAAACUGGAGGAAAGGACAGGAUACGGAGGAGGGUUUAACGAAAGAGAAAAUUUAGUCUACAAUGAGCGAGAGGAGUCUGAUGGUGAAUACGAUGAGUUUGGGCGCAUAAAAAAGAAGUUUCGUGGGAAAACCAAGAAGGAUAGUGAUAAAAAGGAGGAACCAAAAAAAGUUGAUCAAGACGAUGAUGAAGAGGAUGACGAAGAUGAUGGGGAUCUUUCCAAAUACAAACUUGAUGAUGACGAUGAAGAUGACGAUGAUGCAGAUUUGUCCAAGUAUGAUUUGGAUGACAGUGAGGAGGAGAAGAAAGGGAGUCAUUCAGGCUCCACGCACUCAUCUUCACGCUCGUCCAGUUCAAGUUCCCGGUCUAGGUCCAGAUCCCGGUCCAGAAGCUCAUCCAGCUCCAGAUCUCGCUCUCGAUCCAGGUCCAAAUCCAGAUCCAGCUCCAGAUCAGGAAAGGGUUCUGCUUCCUCAAAGAAGAGGUCUCGCUCUCCAUCGUCAUCCCCUGAAGGAGGCCAGAAGAGGAGUCGUUCCAGAUCCUCCUCUGGUGGCCGAAAAAAAAGGCGUGCACGAUCUCACUCGUCUGAAAGGUUUGGUGUAACACAUGGUGUCCUGGAUACCAGGCGUCCUUCUGCUUUAUACACUGGACUCAGUGAUAAAACAGUACAUGAUUGAAACAAUCUGCUUUUCAUUGGACAAUACUUUUGUUUUGAUGUCAAAUCACUUAAUCAGUCACGGUCUUUUUCUUUUUCUCUCUCCUCUUUCCAUCUCUUUGUAGACGCAGAGGCUCGUCUGGAUCAUCUCACUCUGACUCAAGCUCAAAACAGAAAUGAUUAACAAAAGAACCGGAUCUUUCUAAAACUGCAUGUUUUUUUUCUCCUCCAACUCCAGUUUUUGUGCUAUUGCAGCUAACCAACUGUUUGAAUUCACACUGAUUUCCAUGAAAAGCAAACCUGUGCACCUGUUCACCUAACCUCUUAAGUUUUCUGCUAAAAAAAUUUAGCCAAAUCUCUCAACAGUAUAUCUCAAGGUGUAAAGUCCGUAGUUUAAGUGGAUUUAUCGAUCAUUUAGUGACUGUAUACAUGGCACAUAUCUUCUGACAUUUACCUUUUGAUAUGAAAUUAUGCAAAUGAUAUUGCAGAAGUAGAUUUAUCCAACCAUUGUCAGAUAUUCUUGCAGUCAAAAUAAUUAGUUCAUUCACAAAACAUUUGUUGAUUUGAAAAAAAUACUUCUCCAGAUGCUGGUUUAAUGGCUAAUGUUAAAAUACUGAUGGCAUCAAAGUCAGCGAUGCCAGCAUCUGAAGGAUAGAGGAAAAAUUCCCUCUUGAGGCUUAACAUUGCCUUUAGUAAUUGUGUGCAUAAAAGGUAAGUAUGUUUUAUUUUUUUGUUUUUUUUUAAACUUGGAGAAUUUACUUUUGGCAGGACAGAUGAAAUGCAAUUUUGGUUCCUUGUGUGUAUGUCCUAUUUUGUUUAAUUUUAAGCAUAACUUUGCGGAAUUACUAAAUGGUUUAAAUUGACAAACGCAAGUUACAAAUAAAGUAAAUUACUUUUUCUCUUCUCUUUUUUUCCCCCUCUGUGGUCAAAUCAAAUUUGGAACAUGUAAUCUGAAAUAUUUUACCACCCGCUUCUGACAUGAAAUAUGAAAAUGUUUUACUGUUAAAAGACAUGAGUGUAACCAACAUGAAUAAACUUGUUAAUCUGAAA